ACGAAGCGGUCACUGGAUUCUAUAAGUAUGUUUCCCCACACUCUCGGCAAUGUAUCCCGGCGCACGUUUUAAUCAACGCACUACCGGCCAAGCGCAGUCCACAAUUAGCAUAAAUCAUGCCGCAUCAUCAUCCAUACAUGGCUCGAAUGACUAGUCCACCGUAGCAAGGCCAUAGCAGGAAAUUCUGGGAAUGCUUUCCUCUCCGCCAAUAGGCAGGCGAGCACUAUAUUGAAUAGCCCUCCAGCCGUCAACCAAUAUCUAUCUGGCAACUUGGAUGGGAUGUAACGCUGGCAGUAAUUAUAAGAAUCGCGAUAUCUCCCCUGUGAUGCAUCAAGCAUCCAGCAACUGGUAUUGUCAUCACUGCAACAUGAAGCUUCUCACGGGCCUGCUGCUCGCAGCAGCAACAGCGCAAGCUCACUACACCUUUCCCCGCCUCGUUGUCAACGGCAAAGCCGAGGAGAAGGACUGGUCCGUAACCAGACGGACCAAGAAUGACAACACAAAGCAAGGCAUUGAGAACCCCACUGUAGGGGAUAUCCGCUGCUACUCAUCGUCCAACGCCGCCAAUAUCGCCGAGGUCCCAGCAGGCGCGACCAUCCAUUACAUCUCGACACAGCAGGUUAAUCACCCGGGGCCUACGCAGUACUACCUCGCCAAAGUUCCCGCAGGCCAGAGUGCAAAGACAUGGGACGGCAGUGGAGCCGUGUGGUUCAAAAUCCACACCACAAAACCAGCUGUGGACAAGAAUAAGCAGAUGACCUGGCCAGGGCAGAAUGAAUACAAGACCGUCAACGCCACCAUCCCCAAGGCCACUCCCGACGGCGAGUACCUCCUCCGGGUUGAGCACAUUGCCCUGCACAUGGCCAUGCAAGCCAACAAGGCGCAAUUCUACCUCUCGUGCAGCCAGGUCAAGAUCACUGGUGGCGGUAAUGGAACUCCUGGUCCCUUGGUCAGUCUGCCGGGUGCGUAUAAGAGCAGCGAUCCGGGGAUUCUGGUCGAUUUGAAUAAGUAUCUGAGCGCUCCUGAUACGUACCAGCCGCCUGGGCCGGCAGUGUGGAGUGGCUGAGAGGGCCGAAGGGAUGAGCUUGGGAAUGGGCUGAUAUAGCUGGUACUUCGAGCCAAAGGAGAACUGAUUUUCAUUGCCAUAGGAGAAACCUAUUGGUGCUAAAGUCUACAAGUGACAGGCUUAAAGAUGUUCGCAGUACUACCUCCCGCCGAUUUUAUGCAGAGAGUGUUUUCUGCUUCCUACUGCUUCAUUUUACACCCGCCUGAACACCCCGCUGCGAUUCCUGUGCAGAUGAAGUUAACUAUCUGGCGCAAGUCAACUACCUGCAACCUAUUACCCUGAAAAACAAUGUAGACACAGCCUCUGUGACCUGUUAGCUAGGGCUCAUAAACACCGAACACUAUAACUUGUACGCCUUGAACUUUGGGAACAUAACAUCACAUAGAAU